AUCCUGGUAUGAAUAUCGCCCCAGGCGCCCGCACUCUUUGGGGGGGCCGGAAGCCCAGGAGCCCCGAGAGGGCGCUGGUCCGAGGUGGGCAGCGCAGCAGGGACCCCCGGAGACUGACCGGCGCCUGGGACUCGGGGCUAUGACGCCAUGAACCCCGACGGGGGGCCCGCAGCACAGCCCCGAGGGUGAAGCGGGGCGGACGCCGCAGGCCGAAGAAGCUUUGCAAGCCGCUUCCCUCUACGUCUCCAGGGAGGAGUGGGCAGAGGUGGGGGACCGGGAGAAAUGCCAGAACAUGAAGAGGAAGUUGGACGUGCUCACCAGCCUAGGUCUCAGGGCCCCUCGACCAGCUUUCCUGUGUCACCACCCCAGGCAGGCCACCGAGCUCCAGGAGGAGGACCCUGAGGACUCUGAUGAAGAAUGGACUCCAAGGCAGCAAGUGACACCUUCUUGGGUAACUUUCAGAAGGGAACAGAGGAAACACCAGAAGGCAACAUCCGGGGUGCCAUUAAGCAAUGAAUAUAGUUUGGAGGAAUUGUCAAGUACAGCAAAUUUGAUGACUGCAAGUGACUCAGAGCAGGCCCAGAAACCAGUGUCCCCUCCUGGAGAAACACGUGCCUUUGGAAAGCACACUAGACAAAAAUCGGAACUCAGGAGGAAGGAGAUGGACGUGAAGAUGUACAGCCUAGAAGAAAGAAAGGACUGUGUGUACCAAGAGGUCACUGAGCCCCAGGAUGAUGACUACCUUUAUUGUGAGAACUGUCAGAACUUCUUCAUUGACAGCUGCGCUGUGCAUGAACUCCCUGCAUUUGUAAAGGACAGUGCAGUGGACAAGGGGCAUCCCCACCACUCAGCCCUCACCCUGCCCCCUGGGUUGAGAAUCGGGCCAUCCUGCAUCCCUGAGGCUGGGCUUGGAGUGUGGAAUGAAGCAGCUGAUUUGCAAGUGGGUCUGCACUUUGGCCCUUAUGAAGGACACAUAACAGAACAUGAAGAGGCAGCCAAGAGCAGACACUCCUGGCUGAUCGCCAAAGGGAGAAACUGCUAUGAGUAUGUGGAUGGAAAGGACAGGUCCUGGGCCGACUGGAUGAGGUUUGUGAGCUGUGCCCGGGAUGAUGAAGAGCAGAACCUGGUGGUCUUUCAGUACCACAGGCAGAUUUUCUACCGAACCUGCCAUGUCAUUAGGCCGGGCCAUGAGCUGCUGGUCUGGUGCAGGGACGAGUAUGGCCAGGAGCUGGGCAGCAAGUGGAAAAGAGAGCUCGCAGCUGAGAGAGCAGAACCAAAGCCAGAGGUGCACCCAUGUCCCUCCUGCUCUCUGGCCUUCUCCAGUCGGAAAUUCCUCAGCCAACACGUGAAACUCAGUCAUCCCUCUUAGAUUCUCCCAGGAACAUUUGCAAGAAAACACCUCCAAGCAGAGGAACCCUGUCCAGAGGGUCAGAAUCAGCAGCAGCAAUGUACUAAUACACACAGCUGGAAUGAUACAGCUGAAGGUCAAGAGGUCAAGGAGAGGUCCAAACCUUUGCUUAAAAGGAUCAGUCAGAGGAGAAUCUCAAAACCCUUUUUCCAACCUUCCAAAGAACAAAUGAGCUCUAGUGAGCACAAGAGACCGAUGGAAGAAGAGCCCCAGAGAGGCCAGAGGACACAGGCAAGUUACUUGUGAAAGUAGGAAUGCCAAGAAUUGUAAUGAUUGAGCAUAGAGGGUAUUGGCAAGGCUUCAGUGAUGGGUCACAUCUCAUCACACACCAGAGGACACACUCAGGGGAGAAGUCCUAUGUUUGUAAGGAGUGCGGGAGAGGCUUUACACAGAGACCAAGUCUCAUCAGACACCAAAGGAAACACUCAGGGGAGAGUCUGUCCCCUGUGUUUGCAGGUGGACUGAGUGAGUCAUUAUUUUGAAAUUGCAUAUCAAUAUCUAUAGGAAGUCUAUGGCCCCUUACUCUCCACAAGAUUGUAAUUUAUACAGAAAUAACUGGUUAAACAAACCCUCCAGUUUCAUUACACGAGAUGAAAUGGACAAACAGUUCCAUAGUGAUACGGGGAUGUCAGCACCAAACUCGUUCAUGGUUUUUUGACCUAUUCUAAAAUGUUUUGUCUCCAUACACAUCUCUCAUUCUCCCCAUCACUGAAAGCAAAGGGGUCCUGAAGAGCCACAAAAAACUCAUACACUCAGCCACAGAAAUUAAGCUCCUACUAAUGUGUAAGUCUGGAGUCAGUCUACUUUGGUUACUGCCCAGAGAGGGAUUUGAGAGGGACUCAUCAAGGAAGGAAAUUCCCCAGACUCCUGAGAUAUAGGAGACUUCUGUGUGGCAUGGGCCUGGACAGGACCCAUGCCAUUUUGAAACUGGCUCUUUGCAAAAACUCCCUCACCCUAAAUUGAGGCAAAAAACAUUUACUACAUAUCUUUAACAUAACUUCCUAAAGUCUAUGCUGAAUUUACCAAGGAAGAGUGUAACCAGUUCAACCACUUUUCCCUUUGCAUUUGCAAAUAUCCUUCUGUGAUGUGAUUAGUGGUAUCCUCUCCUCUGUUUUCUGUAAAAGGUAACCAUCUAAACUGAACUUCUGCAUAGUAAAUGAGGACCAUCAUGUAAUGUGCCCAGAGAAGCAAUAAAAGCCUGUCAAGGCAGGGGUCAGGGCACUCUCCCUUUGAGAAUGGCUAGGCUGUCCAUUUUCAUCCACAGGACUUGGUAGUCUGUGAAUUUGUCUCAGAUCUCAUCCACAGUGUCUCGCACCCCACAAGGUAGGGUCCAUAUCCCUGGGAAGGGGGCCUUUUCUCCUAAUCAGCUCCCUACCCCUUCUCCCUUGGCUUCUCUUGGCUCUUCUGGUUUCCUACAACCUCUGGAGCCUGAGAGGUGAAUGGCAGGGAGGGAUGGAUGCUUGUGCGUGGAUGUGAGCCUGGCUGAAUCUGGGCACCUGUUCUUCCUCCUUGCUGCCUUUUCAGGGUCAGCAUUUCCUGGUGCACAGCAUACAGAUUCCACAUCAGUCCAUACUGGGUGUGAAUCUCAGCUCUGUUCUCUCCAGCUGUGUGACCUAAGGCAAGAUUCUCAACUUCUCUCUGCCUGCUUCCUAGUCUGUACAAUGGAAAUGGGAACUCCAGCCUUUCAGUUUGACAUUCAAAGUUGAGUCAGCACAGACAGAAUGUGGCAAGAGGAUCGCUGAAAUUGCGAGUCCUGCUGAACAGACUUUGGUGUCCAUGCCCUCUGGGUCUUUAGUGCUGAACAAAGGAAGAUAAGGACAGGGUAGAGGUCUGCAGCCAAAUUCAGAAUUUGAGCAGACCCCACUGCUUUCCCCACAUAGACUGAGCUGCCCUGAGAAGGAGGUCUGAGGUUGGGGAUUCCCUUCCCUGCAGGUCACCCCCCUCACACUGACCCUGCGCAUCCUCAGAGCCUACUCAACACAGGCAGGCAGUGCUGAGAGUGAGCUGUGAAAGAAGACCCUCACCCACCCCUUGCUGAGAACUGACGGGGGAACAGCACCUGCCUGCACUGGGGUGUUAGGGUAGAUGGUGAGCUAAGGCAGGGAGGACGAGGAAGACAUGUCUCACCCACAAACUCAGCAGUCCUGAGCCUGGUCCAGUUCUACUGCCAGAUGUUCCAGCAUCACAAGAAACACCAUGCUAACACGUUGAAAUUCCAGGUAUUGUCUCCACUACCUGGGAAAGAAAGGCUUUGGGACUAUUCAUCCCAAGCCCUAGAAGAUGGGAGGGGGUCUGCAGCACUGAAGAAAAGGACCCAUAAAACAAAUUUGGCUAAUUCCUUGCCUCUGGCCACUACCUGUUUUAUGAGAGGGUCCCUAGUGCUUACAGAAAGAGCCCAUUGGUAACUUUGGGUAACUGCCUCAACUUUAACCGUCUCCUGUCAUGUAUCUAUUUUACAAGAUGGCCAAAUGGGGUCUGAAGGAGGUAAGGAUUCAGGCUAUCAACCCCUAUACACACCUACAUUUGGGUAGUCCUGUCCCCUGUGGAAGCUGGCACCACUUUUACCCAUCAAUCAAUAGGUAGAUUCUUUACCCCAUUCCAGCAACUACAUAAGUUCUCAGGACAAAGGACCUGGUGCUCUUGCCACCCAAGCUCUUGCCUUUCACUCCCACCUCAGCAAGACCUGUCCUCUUCAGCAAGAACAUAUCACUAAUAAACCCUGCUUGCAUGCUAAUACA